ACCAUAUCAAGGAUUGAAACCUAAUCAAUUUGUUGUAGUAUUUUUUUUGAAUUUUUUUUUUGGGGACGGAGAGGGAGUAUAAAACAAAACAAAAACUGUGAGCGGGUGUAUACGCCAACAAAACACAAUUAGGCAAAACAAAAGCCUAAAGGAGCUUACGAGUGUUGAUCAGGCCCUAAAGAGAGGCCUGUUACAGUGUUUAUGUCUUGGACCGGUGACUUAUCCUUUAAUCUCUCUUUUUCUUUUUUAGGCCCAAAGCAAAGACUGAAUUUCAAUUCCAAUUCCAGCAACCACCCCCCGGCAAUCGUCCGCCGCGACCAGACUUGAGCGGCCGAAUCCCGAUUGGGUGGUCCGUUUUUUUACGUUCUGAAAUUUUUGAAUUCACUUAGGCUUUCCUUUUACCCAAGGGUUAGUGUUAGUAAGAGUAGACUUUUGUUCUUGCUCCCAGGAAGGAACUCUGGUCUCUCUAUUGGUUUAUUGCGAGUUUUUUUGAAUUUGACGUUGCAUUUCGCACUACAGUACUUGUUCCCCAAUUAUACUUCUCAUAGUCUCAUAUCCAUCUCCUCUAUUAUUUAUCACUGUUCAAUGUUUGUGUACAUUCCGUGUGUUGUGUGCUUUGAAGUUUUUGUUUCUUGGCCUUGUCCCCGAAAUUUUGUUGAAUUGAUUUUGCUGUUGAAUGACAUCAUCCCAUUUUCUCUAUCCAUUUUGUUCGAAGUUGUUCUUAUUUCAUAGUUUUUCUGACAUAAAGGCUGGAAACUGCUUGCAAUUCUGUGGAUUAUUUUUGUUGGGAAAGCCUAUGAUAUUUGUCUUGCACUGUGAUUGAACUCUCCAGGGGCACAAGUUGGCACAUAAAUCAAAAUUCCAAUAAUACAGAGGAAAUAAGAAGUUUUGUAUGCUAUUUUUUGGGAUUUUCGAAUGUGAAAUUAGAAAUGUAUGCUUACCCUUGGGGCUGGCUUGCAAGUUCCUACACCUGCUACGCCCAACUAGAUGAACCCUUAUGCAAUGUCACUACUUCCCAUGUUCCCACCCAAUUCUUCUGUUAACUGACUCCACAAAGUGAAACUCAGCUGUAAAAGAUCGUUAGAUGGGAAGCACUCCGGUUGGGCACCAGCUGGCCGUGUCUGCCGUUAGUUGGCAGACAGAGAAGAUGACUAUGCCAUUUCUACGCCGGACAAACUUCAGUGCGAACACGAGAACUUAUGUUGCACAUAGAGUUUGCUGUGAGCAUUCUUGCUUUGAAGUAAAUGAUGUCGCUUACCGACCUCCCGGAACAAAAGUCAACCUCCUUGAUGACGUGAGCCUAUCCCUUCGCGAGAAAAGGUUUGGCUUGAUAUAUGGACGGAGUGGUAGCGGAAAAACGACCCUUUUACAGCUGAUUGCAGGGUUUAGUAAGCCCACAUCAGGCUCCAUUCAUGUUCAAAGAUAUGGUGAUGAUGGCCAUCCUACUGGAUCUCCUAAGAAUUUAGAUUCAAAUAAAGUUGGUUUUGUCUUCCAAUUUCCUGAAAGGUACUUUGUGGCAGAGAAUGUUCUGGAUGAAGUCACCUUUGGCUGGCCAAGACAAAGAGGGGGUAGUCAGUUGAAAGAGCUGCUUGCUUUGAGACUUCAAAAAGCUUUUACUUCGGUUGGUCUAAUUGGAAUUCCACUGGAUCAAGAUCCACAAUCACUUAGUGGUGGUUAUAAACGUCGGCUUGCACUAGCUAUUCAGUUGGUACAAUCUCCAGAUUUGUUGUUACUGGAUGAGCCUCUUGCUGGCCUUGAUUGGAAAGCUCGUGCAGAUGUUGUAAAACUCUUGAAUAAUCUAAAGAAGGAACUCACGUUACUCACAGUCAGCCAUGACCUGAAGUAAGUCCUCAAUUUGUUAUUUUCUAACCUAUCCUCCUUUCAUGUAUUUCACGUUUUACAAAGAAGUGAUCAUUUGAGGUCUGCAAUUAAUGAUGAAGAAACUGCUAUUUAAAUUGUAGAGAGUUGUCACCCUUAGUAGACCAAUCAUGGAGGAUGGAAAUGGGUGGAAUACUUAAAGCUGUGCCGCCACCAGUUUAGAUCCUUAGUGUUUAACCCCACCUUAAGCAAUGCAACUUGUAAACAGACAAGGUACAGUUAUGGAACUGUGUAAUAGUUUGUGGCUGCAAUUUCAACUUUGAUGAAUGUUAAUAUUUCCAGGGGGGGCAACAGUAUUUGGGAGGCAACAGUAUCAAAUAAAGUUCAUUCAGUGCCUGAUCUUACGUCCCCCAAAAACCUGUAGGGAAAGUUGAAAUGCCUUGGCAUCAUCAAUCCUCACUGUUUACCUUGAUAGUUCCUCUGGGUUCCUUUGUUCCCAAAGUUGUUGAAUUGAGCUGAUUGUAAAUUAACCUCUGGUAUGAUGAGGUCACUUUUUCUGUGCACAUAUAUGUAGAGUUGACAUAAAUACAUAUUGUUACUAUUGUGACAAAAAAUUGUCUGAAAAUUUUAAUGCAAUAAGUUAUGUUUAAUAGUACACACGCGCGCGCACACACACAAGGAGAUCCAAAGGAUCAUUAUUCACCAAACCGAAGUUCAAACAUCAUCAUCUAUAGACAAGUACACAAUAGCACUGCAGAAUAAGAAAACAUAUAGACUGAAGAGACAUUGAGAGGUAGGGACCCUUCUGAGCAUCUAUGCUCUACAGCUCCAGCACCAAGU